AGCGUUAACAGAAAAGAGUAGCUCCACUAAUUUAAAAUAUAUGAUCAGCAGUUAGGAUGCCAUAUGUUUCGAUGGUUUAAGAAAUUAAAUAAAAAUUCACAAUUAAAAAUCAACUAUUGUAUUUUUCCAAAAAGGCAUAUCAAAAUUUGUCAAAAACGUAUUCGAAAAUCGAAAAUGGGCGAAAAAGACCUCUCAACGGAUCUACCACCAGAAAUUGCUUGCAUUCACAGAAAAUGGAACGUAAGAUCAGUAGCGUAUAGGACUUUGAUUGGCCAUUUUAAAAAACUGCAUCCUUCCUCGGGCGAGUGGGGAAUUUACAAGAAUGUGCUUCCUAACAUCGCCGCAGAGAGCUUCCCAGCGCUCAGGGAGCAAGCUCUUGAGGUGGUCUUGCAGUUCGUACAAAAGUGCGAAACUGCCAACAAAUUAUCCACUGAAGUUAUUCACUCAUUGCUCGACAAUAUCCCAACCAAUAUGAAACAUCGAGCCAAGCAGUUGCUUGAACAGGUCAUAUUGCAAUACGUGGAAGUCGGAUGCUCGAAGGAUGUUAUAGACGAAUUGCUAAGAACAGCAUUGAUAAACCAGGAGUCCAAUAUAGUGACAACAUGUAUCGAGUUUAUAACAAAAAUAGUAUCAGUAUUUGGGCCGAAAGAAAUCGACCUUGGUUACGUCUUAGAAACCCUACCAUACCUUCAAGAAACAGAUGAAUUGGAAUUACGAUCUGCGACCAAGGCUUUGAUUCUAGAAAUCUAUCGUUGGCAAGGAAAAGAGAGCAUAAAUAACGUUGGGCAAAUUCUAAGCCCUGCGGAUUUAAAGGACGUUUUGAAAAAGUACGAAGAUGUGAAACAUGCGUCACAAUUAAAACCCACUAGGCAUGUAAGAAAUAAUAAACAUCUAGAAAAUAGUUCUUCCAGAAAUAUUAAUUUAUCAUUAGAUCAGGAAACAGAUUUAUUGAGCCAAAUAAACGAAGAAUUUUUCAGAAAUCUGGAUUCUCCUGAAUGGACUGAAAGAAGAGACGCGUUAGUGAAGCUUCGAAAGACCAUCGAGAGUUCAUCAAGACUGCGCCCAGGCAACUACGAACCUCUCUUGACAGCUCUGAAGAAGGUCAUCAUCGAAGAUCAGUGUGUUAUCGUGGUCGGCCUGGCGAUCGCUAGCGUCACGGGGAUCGCUCAAGGGCUUCAGCAACAGUUCAGUACAUACGCCAUCGGUAUUUGUCGAAUAUUGCUCGAGAAGUUCGUUGAGAAGAGGCAAAACAUAACAGAGCAGCUUAGGAAAGCACUCGAUGUCUUAAUCACUACCACUUCUUUUGAAUCUUUAAUAAAAACGAUCAACGCUUUCCUAGGUAGUAAAAACCCAACUAUAAGGUUCGAGACUAUACAAUUACUAUCCAGAAUGUUCAAGAAUACGAACAAACAAACACUAAGGAAAUCAGAAUUUUCAGUUCUUUACAAGUCUUUGGCAAAUUGUCUCCAUCACGGACAACUGAUCAUUCGAGAAAAAUCAUUUAUUGCUUUAGCCAUAGCCUUCAAGAUAGCUGGGGAAGGUGUCAUCAUGCCAUAUUUAGACAAGGUUGAUCAUGCCACAAGGACAAGAAUUAAAAAUUACAAUUUAGACCACGAUUUUGAGGAAACGUAUAACGAAGUCAAGUAUAGAAACGUUGCCAAGAAAGAUUUAAAAAAUGAAGACAAAUCUAAAGAAAUAAAAUUUUCAAAUGUCUCUUCUGAUUCAAAUUGGAAAGAUAGUGAAAAAUUGGAUAAAAGUAUAAACGAGUCUGUUUCCUCAUAUUUCAAAUCUGAAUCUCAAAAAAAGAGGAUAAAACCCAUGAGAAAAAGAGAAAACCAACCCAGUUUUAGUUAUAAUAGCGUAACCAAACGUUGGAAUUCUACCAAUUCAAAUAUUACGAUGGAAGAGUUUUAUUCGAAAAGUGAAUCGAAAAAAUCUACCGAAAAAACUUUUGAUGGUACCAUUUCAUACAAGGAUGUUUCUAGAAAAAAAGAAAAUCUGAAAAGAUACCCUUACCGAAAGCCUUAUACGGUACAAAGAAAAGAAACCCACCACGUUUUGUCUAAAGAUAAAAGAAAAAAGAAGAAAAUAUUUUCAUACAAAAAGAAAUACACCCCUAAGAAAAUCUUGAAUGACUUUGUGGAACAUAAUGGACAAAUAGGGGAUAAUAUAAUAGUGAAUGUAGCACAACUAUCUAAUAAUGAAAUCAAAUUACAAAAGGAAGAUUCUCACAAUAUCAAUAAGGAUAGCUCUAACUUCAGUAAUCAAACUGUAAAAUGUAUUAACAUGAGUUUGAAUUCUUUAAUUAAACCUGAAGAAGUUACAGAAUCGAAUAACGAAAUUAGAAAAAUGGAAAAUUUGACAUCAUCAGCCUUAAUCCGAGAGAACAGCGAACUGAACCAACCGAUGAAACAGUCCGUCCAGACGCUGGACUCAAAGUGUGGCGAAGGCUUCAUCGUUCUGACUGAAAGCGAAGUUAAGAAAUUGCUAGGUUUGAAACGAGUUUCCGCUAUCAGCGAUGAUUCCCGCAACGCACUCCCGGAUUGGGGUUCGAAAAAAAAUCUUAUCAAACGUUCUUAUAAAAUAUUUCAAGUUUCCAAAGAUGCUACAGACAAGGAGACUCAGACUUCAUUGAGCGCUGCCGAAUCUAAUUUUGAAAUCUCUCCAGAAAGUGGUACCAUGGACCUGAUUAAGACUGUGGAUGUGAUACCUACACAAACAGCUUGUGUCAGUAUAGUGGAGAAAGGAACAGAACCGCAGCGGAUCAAGAGGUAUAACAGAGGGACUCAAUGGGUGCAACAUUUGCAAACAGAAAUUCUGGACACGGUGGCCUGGUCAAAACAGGAAGCCAGCUCGGACUGGAAGGGACUCGAACAGCAGAAAGUGCACCAUUCCCACCUCAAAGAGAAAGAGGCCCCGCUGAAGAUGCAAUCUGUCGUCAUGAAAAAAAUAGAAUAUAGGCGGCCCUCAGUGAAAGAUAUUCGAAGGCAAUUCAGGGAGGACCACGUUGCUUCGAUAGCGGACCAUGCGAGCAAGAGGACGAUGGAGAUCAAUACGUUCACUGUCACGCGGUCGGACCCCAUUCAUAUCAGCAAAAACACCUCUUCACUGACGUCAGAGCUCAAUGGUAAUACUCAGGAAAGAAACAAUACUAAACAUCACAAAGAACAAAACCAAAAACAUGCGAGAAAAGAUAAAAAAAGACCAAAGCAACUGCAUCCCAAAACGCACAACAGUGAAGAUAAGAUUUCGAAAAACUCAUCCGAUUCAAGGCAAAUAAAAAAAAUCAAAAGAAAAUAUAUGCACGAAAUCAUGGUAAGAUCGAACAAAGAAACCACCGAAAGUAGGCAGAAUAACAUCAGUAGUCAUACAUUAAUAAAGCUGAAGAAAAUCGAGAGUACCAAACACCACCCGCAGUCUGAAGAUAAAGACGUGAGUACAUCUCAAGUGUUAAUUGGUCGCACUUCUCGUAGAAGUGAUGUUUCCAUUCGCAGAUCCCAACAAAAAGGUCGUCGGUCUUUGUUCACACAAAGUUCAAGGUUCAAAUACGAAAAUUGUUACGACACAAGCUCAGGCUCUUGCAGAGAGGGCUGCAACUUUUUACCAUUUGUGACAAAAAGCAUUAUGGGUCGCCCAGUGGAACAAAAUGAGAAGAAAAAAAAUAACGCUCGAAGAAAGCAAAACAAGCACAGACCACACCGGAACGCUAGGAGGACGAACAGAUCGAACCAUACCAUCACCGACCAGAAAAGGAGUGAGUACGCCCUGAACAGGAGGAACUCGCGGAAGGACCACCAGCUGGACAUGAUGGACGCCCAGGACAUGGACCCUGAAACGAAGCAGAUGGUGAUCAACGAACUGCUGAAGGUGUGCGACAUCAGCCAGGCCACCUUCCAGAAGAUGGUGCGCCACAAGGCAUCGCCGCGGCCCAGCCUCUUGAGCCCCAAGGCGGUCCUCCAGAGGGUCAACGAGCUCUCCUCUUCGGCCGACCAGGACACGUCCGAGGACCGCAGUGCCCGCGAGCACAAGGCCUGCACCAUCCUGUGACCAUGUACCUGUCUCCUCCGAGGGAAGGAAGUGAAGUAAUUCGACUAAUAAUAACUUACAAUCAUUUACCUAUUCAAAUAAACAACCUUACUUGGAUUGCAAAUCUGAUUGUUUCACUUCUAUAAAUCAUAUUUAACAGGUUAUUAA